AUGACCCGCUCAAACGCAGUCACACCCGACUACUACGAAAUUUUCAACAUCCAAUCCACAGGAAACGCCGCCCAACUCUCAAAACAACAACUCAAACUCGCUUACCAUAAAGCCCUCCUAAAACACCAUCCAGACAAAGCCUCCUCAAAUAGCGCCGACCUCCCCCGAUCUACUCAAGACCUGCCGCACGACAGUAAAGCCUACACAAUCGACGAGAUAACAACAGCCUACAAAACCCUCUCCGACCCGCAGCUCCGUGCAGAAUAUGAUCGCGCUUUACGACUAGACCGGGCGAAGAUUGUCGAGCGCGAGAAAACGGGGGCCGUAUUUCAUACUGGGUUGGAAGUGGUUGAUCUCGAGGAUCUGGCUUGUGAGGAAGAACGUGAUUCGGCUUUCUGGUACAGGGGCUGUCGGUGUGGUGAUGAGAAGGGGUUCUUGGUGUCGGAGGAGGAUCUGGAGAGAGAGGCUGACCAUGGGGAGAUUGUUAUUGGGUGUCGGGGAUGCAGUUUGUGGAUGAAGGUUUUGUUUGCGGUUGAGGAUGGUUGA